GGGGUGAAAGAGUGUGUAACUCGAGCUGGAAUAGGUUUCAUGAUGGCUCCAAUAUAUCAUCCAGCGAUGAAGAUUGUCAGACCUAUCAGGAAAAAGCUGAAAGUAAAGACAGUGUUCAAUAUCUUGGGGCCUAUGUUGAACCCAGCAAGAGCGCCAUUUGCUGUAGUUGGAGUUUACAAAGAAGACCUGGUCCACAAAAUGGCUAAAGCAGUCCAGAGAUUUGGCAUGAAAAGAGCAUUGGUUGUUCACUCAGAAGGCCUAGAUGAGAUGAGUCCUCUUGGCCCUGGAUUAGUCCUUGAUGUCACACCAGACAAUAUUGAGAAGUUCUCCUUUGAUCCAUUGGACUUUGCCAUCCCGCGUUGUACUCUGGAAAGCUUGCGAGGUGGAGGUCCAGAUUACAAUGCCGAGAUGCUCAAACGCGUGUUGUCCGGAGAAAAAGGGCCGAUUGCUGAUGCAUUUGCACUAAAUGCAGCAGCUGCUCUCCUGGUAAGUGGACAUGUUAAGAAUCUGGCUGAAGGAGUUGCAUUAGCUCGUAAGACACUAGUCUCAGGCAAAGCGCUGAAGACACUUGAUCUAUGGGUAGAGGUUUCGAAUGAGGUGAAGGAAGCAAUACCUCAGGUCGCUUGAUUGAUCUUCUGCAUGAACUCAUUUAUAAUGCCAAACUGACCAUGUUAAGUGCAUUUGACCAGACAGAUAUAUUCUUACGGCUCAACUUCGCUGCUAAGUUAUCGUUAACAGAUUCAAAAUCAGAGAAAGAAUGGAAGGCACUACUCAACUUGCAAUUUUAGCUUGGAGAAGGAUCAGAGGAAAUUACUUUCUGCCGGUGUCAACAGAAAGCGGAGCUUUUGCAUCUAUACUCGAUUUUGGGGUCACAAUUGAACCUAUACCCAUUUUGCAAAAAAACUUGCAAACCUACCCCCUCUACGAUCAACUUUAGAUUUAUUGGGUCUGAGGUGAAAAUUGCCGAGAAACAUAAAUUUGUUCUUCGAAUUUUAACAAUCCAAUAUACUAUUUAAUACCAAAAUUUAUUUCAAAUGA